UCUUAUUUUUUUAAGACUUAGUAAAGCGCAGUAUUGUGUGAUGAAUCCCAUUUGCAAAGUCGAUAUCAACAGACCAGACUGCCAGAAAUGGAUGGUCGAAGCAUAUGCCAAAUGUCGGGAUCUCUUCAGUACGCAAUCAUUUCCAUCGUGGUGGCUUAACGAUACCCCUGCUGUAUAUAAGGAUGUAAGGGCCAUGACCGCCGAAGAUUGCCAUCGGCUGAAACGGGAAUUGGCCAGGGAAGUGGCCGAAGAGGAUGGGGAGGUGAAUAAUAUUGGUCUAGGAAGAAUGGUGGGACUCUUUAUGGCCAUCGGUGCAAUCUUUAUUCUGUUCAUUCUUCUUUGUGGAAUGAAGCGUCAAAGCACAAGACCGACUGAGGUCGAAACCGCAAAAGUCGAGCCCCAAGAAGAUCCACCCACCUUACGCCCCAUGAAAAAUAGAAAUAAGACACCCAACUGCAAAAGCUGGAUGCGCAGGAGCUGUCGACGCUUUUUCCUUCACAACGAAUCCCAAAUAAGAGAGUCGAAAUCCAAAGCUGAGAGGGAGGUAGCUAUCCAUAACGAACGCACCCAGCGAAAGAUUGUAGUGUGGACGAAAGCCGGGGAGCGGGAUGCCCAAAAGAAAAGGGAAAAGCUUCAAAGACGUCUAGAAAAGGCCUCAAGAAAAUAA